AUGUCUUCAUCAAAUAAUCUUGAAUCAGCUCAUGAACUAUUUGAACAUAAUAUAUCUAAUGAAUCUAAUAAUAUGAUUCUUGAGCAAGAAUUGUAUGAAUUCUUUGCAGAUAUGAAAUGUCAAGAUGGAAAACUAUAUAAACCAGAAUCAAUUAUAUCUGCUUGUACCUCACUUCGUUAUUACUUGUUUGAAG